AUGGCCCCAGGAAAGAGGAAGAGACCCGAGAGGGGUUCAGUUGAUGGUGGUGAGAAUCGACCUUCGCCGCAUCGGCCUGGAAAUACCAAUCUCGGACAGCAUGAUCGGGGUCCUGGUUCAGAUAUGCGGGAUGGUGGAAACAGGCGAUCGAGUCGCGGAGGCCAGCCAUAUGGUGGAGGGGCAAGAGGAGGCCGGAGAAAUGAUAAUCGCGACAGUUCUAACUCCAACAAGCUUCCAAUCUCUGGCACAGCGACUCCGACUCCUGCUCAUGGCCCUAUGUCCCCACCCGUCAGACCCUCCAGCGCAACGCAGACUCCAGCUCCAGCAUUCGAGCCGGUCGUAAAACGAAACCCAGCUCCGUUCGAAUAUGUCUUUCUCACCGAGGAGCGGAUGUCAUCCUGGGAAGCGGGAGGUCGUCAGGAGGUCAUCGCACAAGGUAUACAGGCUCGUGAUGACGAGGAUACGAUGGAUCUUUCUUGCGUCUUCCACGAAUUAAUUAGGGCGACGUUGGACGGCCGAAUCAGUCCAACUGAUAGUGGGAACUGUGUAAAAGAGAUCCUGGGACCAGAUACCGCUCUAGCAGAUGGCUCACCAGGCGCGUUCGAUGCGCAAACAUUCUUCGUCGAUUCGUUCUCAAUGAUCUGCGAUGCCGAGGAGCCCCCAUUCAACACCGCCCUACGACCGUUUGCUGUAGCCACAGGAGUUUCCGCAACUACCUUUCGUCAAAAGCUCGAUGCUCAACUUCUUCAGGACCUUGGACUUACACGAGAGACAUUUAUUCGUGUUGGCAUCCGACAAGCUACGCACAUGCUAUAUCGACAAGCCAAUUACAACCUUCUGCGGGAAGAAACCGAAGGCUACUCAAAGCUCAUUACAGAACUCUUCACCUCGACUCGAGAUUUAACCGGAAACGAAAUUCCACCGAGUGAUCUUAUCGAGAAUGCGUUUGAGAGGUUGAAGGGCCUUAUAGGCACAUUCGAUCUGGAUGUUGGGAGGGUCCUCGAUAUAACUCUGGACGUCUUCGCAUCAGUUCUAGUUAAGCAAUAUCGGUUCUAUGUCAAACUCUUACGGGUUAGCUCCUGGUGGCCACGGAGUGGGUUGGUCGAGGCCGGUGGGAAUGGCGCAGGCCUUCCGGCAUGGGCGCUGCCAGGUUAUCAUGCCGGGCUUACGCUCACGGAAGACGAAGAAGAGGCAUUGAAGAAACAAGAAGACGAGGCCUUGAAACCGCAGAUGAGCGACCGAGACCGUGUAUUCUGGACGCGGGCUCGUGAGAUUGGUCUGGAUGCCUUCUAUGAGCUUGGAGGGAGACGUCGGGUCGAUGCAGAGACUAAAGCGCGGAUCCUCAGCAACAAAGGUACUUAUGAUACGGAGCAAGAUGCCGAUCGUCAGUGGAUUGAGGAGACAGGAACGCUUCCACCGUCUGGAAACCGGGUUGCCGCUCAAUUGCUUGGUUUCAAAUUACGCUUUUAUCUCUCACCGGCACGCGACGAGCACGAUCUUUUCCCAAAAAAUCUAAUUUGGCUGACGGCCCUGUUGAUCAAAAUCGGUUUCAUAUCCCUGAGGGACAUAUAUCCGCAUUUGUGGCCUUCAGACGACGAGAUGUCUGCUGUCAAAGAAUACAAGAUGAAAGAGUUGGCUGAAGAGGAGAGGAAGAAUCGACCGGGUGGUGGUGUAGCAAAUGCGCUGUUGAUGGCUGGAGCUCUUGCAGACGAUACGGUGCCUAGCGGUAAUAGAACCCGCGAGACUACAACUGCUAAAACCGACGCGACUCCCACCGCUUCAACCAAUACUGAAGAGCAGGAUAAUUUUAGCCAGAAGCUAAAACAAUGUGACCAAAAGGAGUGGCUUCUCGAGUGUCUCUUGACCAUUGGCUCAAUUCCAGAAUCCCUAUUUAUUCUUGGACGCUUUCCAUGGCUCCCGGAAGCAUACCCAGCCAUCUAUGGACUCAUCAACCGCAUCAUACGCUAUUCGAUAAAGGAUGUUUAUGAUACAGCCCGUCCUACCUCUAAAACCGCAGCGUGUCCCCCCAAGCGAGUCCCGGAUCCUGACCAAGGCGGAGUGCCAAAGGGCCAGGUCCGUUUGGCCCCGAUGCCUGCUCGAAAACUAUUACGCUGGCCAUAUGCCGAAACAUUUGAUACAGCUGAGAACAUGUCCUACCGGUUCUAUUGGGAUGAAUGGGGUGAUAACAUACCAGUCUGCCAAAAUGUGGAUGACGUUUUCACGCUCUGCGGUACGCUUCUCAACUCUUCAGGUGUCAAUAUUGGUAGGGAUGCCGAAUUGCUAUCUAAACUUGCACGAAUCGGUGUUCAGAGUCUCACAGACGACCGAUCACCACACAAUCUCGAAAGGUGGCAAGAUCUUCUCAAGCGACUAUUAGUUCCAGCCCUCAGCUUAACCAAGGCCAAUACUAGUGUGGUUAACGAAGUGUACGACAUGCUCAGGUUCUACCCAGUCUCCAUCAGAUAUUCAAUCUAUGCGGAAUGGUUUGAAGGACAAAUCUCCCGGCUACCAGCAAUGAAAGUGGCUUUCGCACGCACAAGACUUGAAACCAAUCACAUCAUGAAACGAAUUAGCAUGACCAAUCUUACCGCUAUGGCCAGGAGUCUUGCCAAAACUGCUUAUGCAUCACCUGGCAUCGUUUUCAGUGUUGCGCUGAGCCAGAUUGAAGCCUACACCAAUCUCACCGAGGUUGUGGUGGAAUGCGCCAAGUACUUCACAGACCUUGCCUACGAUGUUUUGGUUUGGUCGCUUAUGAGUUCCCUUGGUGGGAAAGAUAGGAACCGCACCAAUGCUGAGUUUGCUCUUCUCCCAAGCAGAUGGCUGCUGGCCCUGUCACGCUUUGCUGGAAAAGUCUUCAAGCGCUACUCCAUCAUGAACCUUUCGCCAAUUAUCCGAUAUGUCGAUAAUCAAUUAUACCUAGGAAACUCUACCGAUCUUGUCAUUCUACAAGAGCUCAUUGCUCAAAUGGCCGGAGUUGUCCCAGAUACAGACUUUACCGAUGUCCAACUCACUGCAAUGACCGGUGGUGAAGUUCUUCGACGUCAGACACUCAUUAACCUCCAAGAUAAACGUUACGAGUCUGUCAAAACCGCCAAGAGGCUGAUGAAGGCUCUCACAGAAACGAAGCUCGCUGGGAACCUACUCAUUUCCAUUGCACAACACAAACAGGCAGCAAUCUAUAAAAUCCCAGACGAGGAUGCUCAUAUCAAAUUACUCGCAACAAUGAUCGAUGACGCCCAAUUGAUUCUAUUCCAAUACCUCGACUUACUUCGCAGCAAUCUUCCUGUUGAUGAAUUCGACAAGCAUGUCCCUGGAAUUCCAGACCUCCUUACUGAAUAUGGGCUUGAACCCCCUCUCGCUUUCAUGAUUGGCCGCGCCAGUCUUGUGCAGCGCAUGGCACAGGCUACUUCUUCUCUGGAAAGUACGACCAAACGUCUGCCAUCCACUUCUGCCGCGGAGGUGACAACUGAGAUGGAGGUUGACGCGGUGGUGGAAAGUGCUGAUGAAACAAAUAUCGUCAAUGGCAAUGUGAAAGCCAACGAUGAUGUUCAGAUGUCAGAUGUCAAAGAUGAUAAUUCUCCUCGUCCGGAUUCUUCAGCUAGUACUCCUGCUACACCAGCUGACCCAUGUUACGAAAUCAUGGAGCCAAUAAUCUCGACGAUCAAAAUUGUUUUACCAGAAUCGUCUUUCAGGGAACUAAGUCCAGAUUUCUAUGCCACAUUCUGGACUUCGACCUUGAGUGACCUGUCCAUCCCUUCUGGAAGCUAUGAGGCCGAAAUUAAACGACUUCGCAGCGAGCAAGAAUCGCUCAUGAGAGAUCGUUCCGAUAUGACUCGGUCAGGGAUGGCUAAGAAAGAAGACAUGAGAAAACAUUUAGCUGAAACUCGAGAAGCCCUUAUCGCAGAGCUUAGCAAGCAGGUGGACGCCUUUGGCCAAGCCAAAUCCCGUUUACUUAAACGGAAAGCUGGCUGGUUCGAGCAAGCUCCUAAGCCCGAUGCAGUGAGCGAUGCUUUCCUGGAAACGUGCCUUAUCCCACGUCUUCUUCUCUCGCCCAGCGAUGCCGAUUUCUGCUUUAGAAUGAUCCGAUUCUUACACGAUAAUGGCGUACCAAAUUUCAGAACUCUCUCACUCUACGGACGGAUCUUCAGAGCACAUCGCUUGCGCUCAAUCAUUUUUACAUGCAGCGUUCGCGAGGCUGAAAAUCUGGGCCGAUUCCUCCGACUUGUACUUGCAGAUCUCGCACGAUGGCACGCUGAUGCAGCAGUUUAUGAGAAAGAAGCAUGGGGAGGACCUGGGAAAUCUCGAACGGGUUUUAUCAAGGGAUUGAAUAGUGACGGUACACCCAAGGGUUGGCUUGAAUAUGAUGGCGAAUUUGGCUACAAGAACAUAUUGUAUGCUUGGCACAAGAACUUGAACACUGCUCUCCGAGUGUGUCUAGAAGGAACAGAGUGGAUGCAUAUUCGAAACGCUAUCACGGUACUCAAAUCUGUCGCGGAAGUAUUCCCUUCUGUUGAUUUCAUGGGCAAUAACUUCAUCAAACAACUCGAAGCAAUUAUCGUCCGGGAGAAGGGUGCCCGUGAAGAUCUUUCUCUCACAGGCAAUGCUGUUUUGGUGCAGCUAAGGAAACGAUCGAGGAAAUGGGUGAUGGUACAAGCCUUCGGUUACAGUUUGUCCAAGCCAGUCCAAACCAAUGGCACUGCUACUAGGUCAACAUCACAAUCCAACGUCCCUUCCAGGCCAUCUCUCAAGCCGACUGCUCCCGAGUUUAAGCCCCAAUCGCGAGCUAGCUCCCAAGGAGUAUCCACGCCAAAGCCCGUGGAAGUUGAAGAUGGCGAAGUCGACGACGCGAAAACGUCUGGAACGGCCACAAACAAACCUGACGCUGCCACAAAGGAUAUAGCUGACGCCAAGCCUACUGUUCCCGCAGCAACACCGGCGACUGAGCCGAAGAAAUCGGAAGUCCUGCUCAAGAGAGAACAGUUCCAAAGGGAGGCCGCUGCGAAGGCCCUCGCCUCAUCCCAAAACACACCCGUGCGCCCUGACCAUUCCAGAACAUCCACGCCGUCGAGUCUUGACCGAGGUCCUUCCAACCUCCCCAGCCGUCCAGAUGCUCCCUUCCCACCCCGGCAUCAGUUAGAUAGACGCCACCCAGAGUGGAGGGAUGGGAGAGAUGUGAGAGAUUCGCGCAUGGCGGACCCGAGCCGGAUGGAUAGACCUGAUAGACUUGGGGACAGGCACCGUGAAUAUCCGGGCGGCGAUCGGCGAGGCGGCGAUCCGGGUCCAAGAGACUUUGGGCGAACUUCCGAUCGUAACGCGAUGCCUGACCGUGACCGUGUUCGUCCAGAGCCCCCUCCUCGUUGGACUCCCGACUCUUCUCGUGAAAAUCUUGACAGGACCACGAACCUCAACCGAACCGCUGACAGCGGCCGACUAUCUCGUGAGACUGUCAUGCCUCCGCCAAGGUCGUCAGGAGUAUCAGGGGAUCGUGCUCCCAUAGUGGAUUCGGAGAGAGUCCCUCCUGUCAAUCUAGAGCGACAAGAGCUUAUCAACUCUGACAGGGCUGCACUUAUAUCUGCUGAUCCUCGAUCGGACUCACCGCGUCGCCACAGAGAUGAACCGAGAGAGCGACGCUCGCCACGACCGCAAUCGCCCAGACGAUACGGGUCAGAGCGAGACCAUCCAGAGGCCAGGCGAGAUGACCGUUCACGUAAUGUACCUACAGAUGUCCAUACUCCUUCUCGUGGUCGCAACGAGGAUAUCGUACCGCCACCUGUUGGCCCUCGCAAUGACAGAUUAGGUGAUCGGAGCAGUGAACGGGGUGACAGACCACCAUUCCAACAAGCACCCGUUCCACCGCGAUCAGGCGGCCCAGAUCAUGGUAGGUUGAACAUGGGCGCUCGACAACAGCCCGACCCCAACUUUGGUCGGUUGAAUCCUACACCAACCCAUGAUAUACCUUCGGGGCCGCGGGAUAGAAACAGUCGUGGUAAUCGUCUCAGCACUGGGCCUCGAUUGGGAGGAAGACCCUCUACAGAGACUCCUCGUCCCCCAACUCCGGAUAAGCAGCCACCUACAGGACCUUCGUCUGGCCGUCACCCAAGACGCUCAGCUUCAGGGCAGUUUGAAACCCCGUCUGCAGCUCCUACCUCCGCCCCCGCUACACCGGCAGCUUCAUCACCGGCAGGUUCAAUACAUCCGGACCGAUUGAGGGCUCUAGGAGGGCCGGGGGCCCAGCCAUCGCCAACACCGCAAUCAGCGAAUGCUGCUUCGGGCCCUAUCCACCCUGACAGACUGAAGGCAUUUGGGAAUGACCAACCAGCCAAACCUACUCCCAACACCCAGCUAAACAAUACCCGCUCCAGACCACAAGUUCCUCCCGUUGUUACCGGUGGCCCUCCGCUGGGUCCGAAGGGAUCUCAACCGAGCCCAGUCACAGCUGGGACAAACGGAUUGGUGCCACCGACCGGCCCAUCCUCAGCGUCUGAGCGUGCUGCUCGUGGUGGACGACGACAAUUCGCCGCGAUCAACAACACGCUACAACAAUCCAAUGUUCCUGAUCGUAUAAACGUUCGUGGCCGUGGACGAAUAAGCGCCGGUGGACCAGAAACACCUACAGGUACCUCGUCAGGCCAUGCACCCCCGCCUCCUCCGCCACCACCACCUUCCACACCUCCACCUGGAAGGCAGAUGGGCAGAGACGGUGGAAGAGAUCUCAUAAACGCAGAACGUAGCGAUUUGAUUACACCCAAUGAGCCAUCGGUUGAUGAUCGGGACAAGGACCGGAGCGGGCGCCGAGAGCGAUCGGGUCGUCAUAGCCACAGGGGUUCACGAAGUCCAGAGGCUCGCCCCCGGGAUGGGAAACGUGUGUUACCAGAAGACGGUCGUGCCUCGCGAGGUGAACCUCGGGAUCGCAGAGGUGGUGAACGAGAGCCUGAGAGAGAGAGACACCAAGGUCGCUCACCCCACCCUGAUCUAAUUGCUGGGAGAGACGUCGCCGGUGGCCCCAGAGAAGCCGGCCGCGAGCCAAGGGAUAGAGAUCCGACUAGACGGGGUGAUGGUAGGAGCCGUGAUGGCGGUAGUGUGCGAGAACCUCAUGAUCCUGCAUGGAGCGGCGAGAGAGCCCCUAGCGGACGAAAUAGAGACGUAAGGGGCGAUGAGCGACGGGAUACGAGAGGGAGCAGAGGUGACGAUAUAGGAAGGAAGAGAAGAAGCGACGAUGGAGUCAUGGACCCGAGGGGUCAUGAUAAACGACCUCGUCGUUUGUAA